AUGCAAUCUUCGAACGGAGAGCAUCAUCAACAUCAGAAACAUACCGGACAGUACUUCUUGGGCGCACCAUGUGAUCCGAAUCUUCUAGCGUUUGCUCAAAAUGCUCUCCUCGGUUAUCCACCUCACAAAAACAUGUAUCCACAAGCUUACUCCUCGCAAAUGCAUCCUCUGCUGUUUCCGCAGACUGCGAUGCUUCCAGCAAUGCAUCAUUUGUCUCACCCUAAUAUACUUCCCUCGCUGACCGCUGCGAUUCCAGAAAUGGAUAAGCUAUCGUUGGAAGAGCCAAUCGAAGCUGGUAACCUUCCUUACCGUCGCUCAAACAACAAGUCAACGUCGGUUUCGGCGCCGGAUGAUUCAUUCAACAAUCUUCAUCGUUCUACUUCUUCCUCUCAUUUCCGACGUCAUUCCGCUCAAUGGGAAACAAUGACCGACGACGAGCGUGAAUUGAUCCAACGACAGAAGCGCAAAGAGGAAGCUUUCAAGACGGCAUUAUGUGAUGCUUUCAAGCGAGCAGGCACAUGUCCUUACGGCGAAACCUGUCGAUUUGCUCAUGGAGAAAACGAGUUGAGAAUGCCAUCACAGCCGCGUGGAAAAGCGCAUCCGAAGUACAAGACACAACUUUGCGAUAAGUUUUCUACUUACGGACAGUGCCCAUAUGGUCCGAGAUGCCAGUUUAUCCACAAAUUGAAGAAGGGUCUUCCACUUCUCGAGUAUAACCGAGCACUGUUUCAAGGUAGGAUCUCGCCAGCACGAGAAGAUGAAAUCACGAAUCCUGAUGAGUCUCACUCGGAAGAUCACAGUGAAAUCAACCUAACUCGUACUGUUCACCGUCGCCGGUCUGUUGGAGGAUAUCUCGAUAUGUCUGAUAGCGGAUACAGUGGAAGCGGCCGGAGGCGUCUUCAUCACCAGAUGGAACAGAAUGAUGAGCUGGUUCCACGUGGAAAAUCGGCUUCCGCGAAAGUGGUCUAUCCGCCGAUGCAAGUAGUCAAUAUUGAGAUGGCUACUGGAGAGAAGAAAUCGUCCUCGACGACGGGAUCUUCCGAAGCUCACAUCCCAAGUCACAGAAACAAUCGAAAGGAACAACUUCCCUCUGUUAUUGAUCAGGCUGAUUACGAAGCUUCGAUGGCCGGUGGAAAGAUUUUUGGAAAACCAGAGAACAUUCGCACAUACGGAGCCAUGCUUCGAGCUAAUGAAGACCAUGUUGAGCGCAAUCAGACUGGUACCUCCAAGAAGGAUCAUCGAGCCAAGUCUUUGACCAAAAGAGUACUGUAUAACUAG